GUUCACCGGAAGUCCGCCAUUUUACUGUCCGGACUUGAUGGCGCUGUUUCUCAAACCUCCAUCCACGCUGCCGCCGCGUCCCCACCCCGCCCACGAACUUGUAAAUGGACAGUUCUGGGAAUGACCUGUCGUGACCUCCACCCACGAACUGAUGGAGGUUAACAACACCGACAUGCAGGGAGAUCACUGUGGGCCGGACAGGCCCGCUCAUCCAGGGAUUUUCCCAACCGGUGAGGCCGGGAAGAGCGAACACAAGCCGGCCGAGCGCAGCGUGGACUUCCCGGUGUCUGUGGUUCUUCCUGCCGGCGGCACCGGGGAGAGAACCGGGCUGCAGACACCUAAACAGUUCUGCUCGUUUCUGGGUCGGCCGCUCAUAAGCUACACUAUCCAGGCUUUCGAGAGGGUGUCAUGGAUCCAGUGCAUUGUUGUGGUUGUUGCCAAAGAAAACAUGGACCUGAUGACGGACAUCAUCCAGCGCUUCCAGCACAGGAAGGUCCGAGUGGUGCCAGGCGGUUCGACUCGCCACAGGUCGAUAUGUAACGGAGUGCUGGCUCUGGGCGAAGGUGAUGGAGAGGAGCAGAGUCCCGCAGCAGACAGACCAAAGGUGGUCAUCAUCCACGAUGCCGUCCGGCCGUUUGUGGAGGAGGACUUUCUGUACAAGAUAGCCAUGGCUGCCAAGGAACAUGGGGCAGCAGGAGCCAUCCGACCUCUUGUUUCCACCGUGAUAGCCACCACGUCAGAAGGCUACCUGGAUCACUCUCUAGAGCGGGCCAAGUACCGAGCCAGCGAGAUGCCUCAGGGAUUCACAUAUGAUGUCAUCUAUCAAGCCUAUCAGAGGUGCACUGAGUCAGACUUUGAGUUUGGCACCGAGUGUCUUCAUCUGGCUCUGCAGUACUGUGGCACCAACGCCAAGCUCAUCCAGGGUCCGCCAACACUGUGGAAGGUAACCUACAAAAGAGAUCUGGCUGCUGCAGAGUCCAUUAUCAAAGAGACUCUGUCGCAGUCGGCCUGUAUCAUCACAGGUGGAUCUGCACAUGCUGCGACGCUGGCUGAUGGCCUCCAGAAGGCUGCCGAAGGUCUCCACAUGGAGCUGGAUGUCAUCCAGGAUCUGAUGGGAGAAAACACCGGAUAUCUACUGAAGGAGUGGAACUUCAUUCAGAUUUCUGUCAAUCGUUCUGGCCUGUCUGAAGUGGAGGACUUGCUGAAGGAUUUGGAAGCAGUGAAUCGGGCUCUACUCCAUCCGCCGGUUAUCAUUUGGGUGCAUUUGAGAGCUUCAGAUGAGCCGUCCAUCAGUGGGACAGUGGCAGAGCCAGCAGCCAUCAUGGACCUGGCCUCCGCAGCCAAGCUCCGAAAUGUUCUCCUCUACGGCAUCCAGGUUCAUCAGUCAAAGGACACCGAGCGUUGGGAGAGGUCAGUGCUGAAGGUGGCCGAGAUCACGUCAGCCCUGAUCCGGGAGAGGAGCCCCGCCCUGGUGGGACAGCUUCUGCAGGCGUGAGGGGGAAACAAGCAUCCACAGAAAAUCCCCUCAGUGUGACUCAUGAGCACUGCAGGGAUGAGACAAUGGUGUUUAUCCUGCUUUUAGAUCCAUCUCUUUAUCAAUUACAGCAGAGUCAGAGGGGUAUUCCCAAUUUCCAAGUCCAGGGACUUUCAAGAGGCCGACUUGAAACGAGAAUUGGUGAAAUCGAAGCUGGAGAGGCUGAAAUAUCCUGAUUUUAGUCCAAAGUGUUGGUCAGCCUCUGUGAGUACUACCCUUCCCACAAUGCAGCGUUAAUUGAACCCUCACACACAUCUUUCAAACUCAGUGGCUUUCUGCAGCGGUCUUCCUCUAAAUUAUGCUUCUGUAAAGUGACCAGCGGGUUUUUUGGGUUUUUUUGUUUUUUUUUUUCCGAUGUUCUCCGGAGGUAAAUGAAAAGAGGAAGUUACAUCGCAAACAAACAAAAUUAAAAACAAUCCCGUAUCUGAAUUCAUGCCGUCGACGGUCUGUUAACUUAAACUGCUGCAUCGUGUCAUAACCACUGCUCUUACCUCUGGAUAGAGGGUGCGCAUAUUUUUGUACCUCAUCACUGCUGCCUGUUUAAAACGAUAAAUGUGGCACAAUAAAGAUGUUUUUUUUUCAUAAUC